AUGUUGUUCUGUGUAUUCUGCAAUGGCGGGAUCGUAAUAUGGUGGUGCAAAGAAGGCAAAUUGGUUGGAGCCAAGGUUGGCCCAUGUGAGAUAGCCGUUAGGGAGGUCUUGUGCGUAGAUAUUACCGGUAUCGUGGUUGGAGCCCGCGGUAUAGAAAGAUCCUAUUUUGCUGAGUGCGCUUUGGAGUUGAGAUAA